AGACAGAAGAGUUACUUUGUAUGAAUGAGUUUCCUCUCACAUGACCCCGAAUGACCGGCAAGGCUUUCCAUUUUCUAGCAUGGCGUCCCCGCUGAUCCGCCUCAGUCACAUCACCCUGCAGGUCUCCAACACCCAAAAGACCGUCACCGAUCUGGUGACCAAAUACCGAUUCCGUCCUUUUGCCGCUCGUGGGUUGGAUGGGACCUCGCCACGUCAGGUCGCUCUAAGAAACGGGGGAGUGGUGUUCAUGGUGAAUGAGAAGAGUCAGGAGACCCCCCCGAUACCCCCGUCUCUUAUCUAUGAUUGGCCAGUUCCCCUUCCAUCAGCAGACACAGCCUGCAACGUCAGCUAUGAGGUGGAAGAUUUGCCAGGUUUGUGCCGCCGACUGGCGGACGAAGGUUGCCACCUGUUAGUGCCGCCAACAGAGCUCUGCGACGACGAUGGCUCCGUUUCGUACUGCGUGGUCAAGUCUGUCGUUGGGAACGUGAACCACACGUUGAUUGACCGCACGCGGUACAGAGCGCCAUUCCUUCCUGGGUUCCAGCUGCUGCAGAGUGAUGACGUCUCUGCGGAGGAGGAUGUGACCUCUGUAGACCAUGUGACAUAUGUCUGCCCACGAGGAUCCACCCCGCGUGUCAUAGACUGGUAUAGACGUUGCUUUGGGUUCCAGCAUUUUCCCCUGUCCAGCGGGGAAGACCCGGAGCGGGGUUAUGAGAUAACCGGCCCUCAGAUAGGUCUGCGCGUGACCUCCAUAGAGUGCCCCGGGCGUAAUGAAGUUGGCAAGAUAGUUAUGGGCGAAUCUUUGCCACAGUCAGGAACCAACCAGAUAGACCAGUUCAUGCGGCACCACCAAGAAGGCGGGAUUCAACACGCCGGCCUUGCCACUCCCCAUAUCUUCAAAGCCACCUCUGCAUUAGCGCAGUGUGGAGUCCUAUUUGCCCGGCAGCCCCCGUCCUACUAUACUGAACCCCAGAAACGGGCAGAGAUCCUCUCCGCAGGGCUAGCGCCCCAACACCUGUCAGAGUUUGGGAUCUUGCUGGACUCUUCCGCAGGAUUGGCGGAAAAGAACGGAAAGAUCUUGUUACAGGUCUUCGCUGAGCCCCUGUUCAGCAAAGAUUCCUUCUACUUGGAGCUCAUCGAGCGCCGAGGGGCCCAGGGGUUCGGGGAAGGGAAUAUCCGCGCUCUGUGGCGCUCUAUGCAGGAUAUGAUGGAAGAUCUGAGCCAGAAACAGCAGGAGGGGGCCACGUCCCACUGAUUGCUCCUCAAUUAUGGGGCGCCAC